GGAGCGGGGCGGCCGGGGAGGGGGCGCGGGCGCCUGCGGGCUGCUCCCGGGGGCCUGGGGCGCCUCUCGAGGAGACCGGCCGCGGCGGCGCCCUCGGCCCUGGCGGCCCCGGGAGGCUCAGCCGCGCCGAGAAGAGCUGUGCCUUGCUUUCCCCUCCUGUCAAACGACCGGGCCGGGGAGGUGGAUCUCCGCGCCUGUGAGGUUUUGCGAGUGUGUAAGUGAAGUCACAGAGGAAGAAGCGGACUCUCGGGAUGGGGCGAGCCCUCACCUAGGAGCGCAGGAGCGAGCGUCUGGGCCGGACACCUAUUAAGUGUCUUCUGUAUUUUGUGCAAAUCGUAAGCCUCUCGGAGACUCGGUUUCUCCAUCUUGAAAGUCAAGGUGAUAACUCCUGCCCUGCCUCCCUCAUAGGACUGCAGCGAAGAACCCACAGGAAAGCCAGCUAUAUGGUAUCACUAUUGAAGAGUUGUCCUGCACGGUCCAAGGAUGUGUAGUCACUGCUGCUCAACACCCUCAUUGGACCAGGUUCCUGCCAGCUUGAUCCUAUGCAUGGAUUCCAAGGUGACCAUGGAGGCUGGCGGCCUCCCCUUGGAGCUGUGGCGUGUGAUCUUAGCCUACCUGCACCUUCCAGACCUGGGCCGCUGCAGCCUGGUGUGCAAGGCCUGGUAUGAACUGAUCCUCAGUCUUGACAGCACCCGCUGGCGGCAGCUGUGUCUGGGCUGCACCGAGUGCCGCCACCCCAACUGGCCCAACCAGCCUGAUGUGGAGCCGGAGUCUUGGAGGGAGGCCUUCAAGCAGCAUUACCUAGCCUCCAAGACGUGGACCAAGAAUGCCCUGGACUUGGACUCCUCCGUCUGCUUUUCCCUAUUUCGCCGGAGGAGGGAACGCCGUACCCUGAGUGUCGGGCCAGGCCAUGAGUUUGACAGCCUGGGCAGCGCCUUAGCCAUGGCCAGCCUGUAUGAUCGAAUUGUGCUGUUCCCAGGUGUGUACGAAGAGCAAGGCGAAAUCGUCCUGAAGGUGCCCGUGGAGAUCGUAGGCCACGGGAAGUUGGGUGAGGUGGCCCUACUAGCCAGCAUUGAUCAGCACUGCUCAACCACACGUCUGUGCAACCUCGUCUUCAUGCCAGCCUGGUUCUCACCCUUCAUGUUUAAGACAACAUCAGGUCAUGUCCAGUUUGACAACUGCAACUUUGAGAACGGGCACAUCCAGGUCCAUGGCCCGGGCACCUGCCAAGUGAAGUUUUGCACCUUCAAAAACACCCAUGUCUUCCUGCACAACGUGCCCCUGUGUGUCCUGGAAAACUGUGAAUUUGUGGGCAGUGAAAACAACUCUGUGACUGUUGAGGGCCACCCAUCCGCAGACAAGAACUGGGCCUACAAGUAUCUACUGGGGCUUAUCAAGUCCUCUCCCAGUGUGCUCCCCACGGAGGACCCUGACUCUUUAAUGUCCCUGGACCUGGAGAGCAGGGACCAGGCCUGGAGCCCAAGGACCUGUGACAUUGUCAUUGAGGGCAGCCAGAGCCCUACCAGCCCAGCCUCUAGCUCCCCCAAGCCCGGCUCUAAGGCUGGCUCACAGGAGGCAGAGGUGGGCAGCGAUGGGGAAAGGGUGGCCCAGACUCCAGACAGCAGCGAUGGAGGCCUGAGUCCCAGUGGUGAGGAUGAGGACGAGGACCAGCUCACAUACAGACUGUCCUACCAAGUACGGGGCCCGCGGCCUGUGCUGGGGGGCUCCUUUCUGGGCCCACCACUGCCAGGAGCGUCCAUUCAGCUGCCCAGCUGCCUGGUGCUGAACUCGCUGCAGCAGGAGCUGCAGAAGGAUAAGGAGGCCAUGGCACUGGCCAGCUCCAUUCAGGGCUGCCUCAUCCGCAAGUGCCUCUUCCGGGAUGGCAAGGGGGGUGUCUUCGUUUGCUCCUAUGGCCGCGCCAAGAUGGAAGGGAACAUCUUCCGCAACCUGACUUACGCAGUGCGGUGUAUACAUAACAGCAAGAUCGUGAUGCUCAGGAACGACGUUCACCGCUGCAGGGCGGCAGGCAUCUUCCUUCGCCUGGAGGGCGGAGGCCUGAUCGCUGGCAACAACAUCUACCACAACGCGGAGGCUGGCGUGGACAUCCGGAAGAAGUCCAACCCACUCAUCCUGUGUAAUCAGAUCCACCACGGCCUUCGCUCUGGCAUUGUCGUCCUUGGCAAUGGGAAAGGCAUCAUCCGGAACAAUCAAAUCUUUUCAAAUAAGGAGGCUGGCAUUUAUAUCCUGUACCACGGAAAUCCAGUCGUGAGUGGGAACCACAUUUUCAAGGGCCGAGCAGCCGGCAUCGCAGUGAACGAGAAUGGCAAAGGCCUCAUCACAGAAAAUGUGAUCCGUGAGAACCAGUGGGGAGGUGUGGACAUCCGCCGUGGUGGGGUCCCCGUCCUCAGGAGCAACCUCAUCUGCUUCGGCUACUCAGAUGGUGUGGUCGUGGGGGAUGAGGGCAAAGGACUGAUAGAAGGAAACACCAUCUACGCUAAUAAGGGCUGUGGUGUGUGGAUGAUGUCGUCCAGCCUGCCCCAUGUCAGCAGCAACCACGUCAGCUACAAUGGCCUGUACGGAGUGGCAGUGUUUAGCCAGAAGGACGGCUCUGGGGAGUUCCCUGGAGGCCAUGGGGCCCAGGAGAACUUCAGCGAGGAUGGGGACGCCAUCCUCUGGGAGACAGAGCUGGAGAAGGACGACGACCCGCUGCGCCGGCCCGUCACCACAGCUCUGGUCGAGUCAAACAGCAUUAAUCACAAUGGAGCCUCGGGACUCUACGUCCAGAGCAGCGAGGCGCUGCACAUCGUCACCAACGUGAUCCAUGCUAAUGGGGACAGAGGCAUCACUGUGGCUCAGAGCGGCCAGCUCACCCGUGUGGCCAACAACAGCAUCUCCUGCAACCGCCAGAGUGGGGUCAAGGUCGAGGCCCAGUGCAAGGUAGAGCUCCGGGGCAACGGCAUCUAUGACAACAGAGGCCAUGGCAUCAUCACCAAGGGUGACAGCACCGUCGUCAUUGAAAACGACAUCAUCGGCAACAGGGGCAGUGGGCUGCAGCUGCUGCCCAGGUCCGACACUAAGGUAAUAAAGAACAGGAUCCAUUCCUUCCGGGCCUAUGGCAUCGCAGUGCGGGGCCGCGCCAAGGCCCUGGUGCAAGAAAACAUCAUCUUCCAGGGCAAGACCAACAAGACCAUCUUCCAGCAGAUCUCCAACAACCGAGAAUGCGUCAUGCAGAACAACAAGUUCUUGGUCUUCAAGAAAAAGUCUGAUACGUGGCGCCUGGUGAACCCACCAGCACGGCCUCACCUUGACAACUCUCUCCGAGGCCCCUCUGCAGCCCACGGUGGGCAGAAGGUGACGGCCAUGGCGACCAGGAUCACAGCCCGUGUGGAAGGUGGUUACCACAGCAACCGCAGCAUCUUCUGCACCAUCCUGUAAGGAUGGAGAGCCACACAGCGGGUAACUGAGGGGCUGUCCGAAGACUCCGCGAGCAGCAACCAUAUACCUUGCUCUCAGGCUCGGGCCUGGCAGAUGCUCAGCCAGGCUAAGAGCUGAGGCCUUCAGGAUGGAGGAAGUAGCGCCUGUGCCGGCUCCAGGCCCCUCUCCAUCUUCGUACCCACCACCCCCUGAAAAAACAGGCUCCCAGGCCUCCGGGGCACUGAGAACAAAGUAUCUCCAAAACCCUUCGGCUCCAAACCCUCUGCAGGAAGGAACUCGGUGUGAGUUUUCAAGAAGAAGAAGGCACAGAAGUUGGUGGGUCCCCAGUAAGUGAAGCUCUUGCAGAGAUUUGGAAGAGCUGGGGGAAACCGACACUGCACCGUGCGUCGGGGUGUCCGUGUGAGUUACGGGGAACGGCGUUUCUCACAGCCUGCACCCAGCCUCUUCUCAGGGAAGAGCAGAUUUACUCCUAAGGGAGCGAAGCGAUUCUAGUGAGGUGGAAAGAGGCAGCUGCCCAGAACUUCCCCUGUCCUGGACCUCUCUCCAUCCCUCCAGGGACACCACCACACCCGCCCAGCUGCCUGCGGAGGCUGGAGGAGUUGGGUUUCCUUAAGGACACAGUUCUCAGUCUUGGACAUGGACCUGUGAGGGAGGAAGGGGCUUGGGACAGGGAGCCCCUCUUGAAAGGCUGCCCCAGGGGUGACAAGGGACAUGCUGAAAACAGGAGGGGCGUUUGGAGAAGGCUUCCUUCAAGUGGCUCUGGUGCCAGGCUGGGCGGCACAGGAGGCACGUGACUCUACCCUCAGUAAGCUCCCAGGCUCAGGAGGACGUUGGGUGGGUGCCUGCUGCACCAGGAGCAUGUGGACCCCACCAGCACGCCCGCCCCGGCUGCCCCUGGAGAUGGAGGUGCUGGGCCCCCGUCUGUGUCCACAUUCUUCAUGGAGAACCACCUGCCUUUACGGUCCCUCCCGUGGUUUCCCACUCCGUGCCUUGGCCCGUGCUCCUGCCUCUUCCUGACAUGCCGUCUCCCACCCGCCCACGUCCAGGUCCUACCCAUUCUCCAGGGUCGAGCUCAGCCACUGCCAUCUCCGCAGAGCACCCCCCUCCACCACAUGACCGUGCCCUUCCCCUGAGCCACCUCCGCCCUUUCUCUGCCCUCUCAGGGUCCUUUCUGCCUUGAUCUGGAGCUAUCCAGGUCUGUCCUUGUCCCACUCACCUGCCUGUGAGCCACCUGAGGGGAGGGCCACGUCUCACUGUCUGUGCCCCAGCACCCAGCUGGGCGCUGGGUGGAGUUAGUAGCGUGAGUGAGGAGGAAGGCUGGCUCCCCAAGGGCUUUACUGAACCCUACUGUGAAUGUGUCAAGGUUCCAGAGCCAGGCGGCUCUGACCGACUGUGAGAGGAAGGGGUCCCCCUUCCCACUUGGCCUUUCAUGCAGGGCCUUCACCAGCCUGUUGGGGCCAUCGUCAGGCACUAGCCCCCUGGCUCCCAGGCUGGCUUUGCCAGGCCCCGGUGCUGCUCUCCUGGGUGGGGUGGGGGAGGCUAGAGGGAGCCAGGAGCACUGGCUUCACCCUGAGGACUUUGGGCCCCAAGAGCGCUGGCCCCUCUCAUCCCCAGCACCGUCCUUUGCACUUCUCUGGUGGCCCCAAUGUGAGUCGCUGUACAAAAUGCUGCCUUUAUUAUUUUGUAAGAAAUGACUUUUCUGUGAACCAAGUGCUUAUAAAAAUCUUGGCAACCAAAAUAAACUUCUCUAUUUUAAGAGGCACUUCUGGGGGGACUUUCCUUGGUCUGGGUAUCUGCCAGCGUUCCCGGGCGGCUGGAUGCAGGCCUGGCGCUGCUCCACCUUUCCAAGGCACCGUUUCCACUGAAGGAGACAGGAGAACCCUGGGCCACCCUGUCCACUCAGCUUGUUCCCAUGAUGAUUCGGGUUCCAAGCUGUGUGUCCUAUGGGCCAGUCUGGGCUUGGACUGCCAUCCUGCCUGCCCUGCGGGCUUUGUGAAGUCAUCAGUAAAGUCCCUGGUGUGAACCACCUGACCGUCUGCAAAGGGUUUCCAGAUCCAUGGACACAGGCUUCCCAGCUUCAGUCACUUGGCGUCUUAGAGUUUCUACCAGAUCCACAUGUCACCUGAGGAGA